AUGGAAACUGAUACCAUUAUCGUGGGGAAUGGGCCGUCUGCCAUGCUUCUAUCCUUCAUCCUCCACGGCAAUAUUCCAUACUACUCUUCGGACCCUCCCCAUCCAGACCCUCUUCUCGAUGCGAAGCUCAAGGACGCCCCGGAUUUAUUGAAUGCGGAUGUCUCGGCACUCACAGAGCACUUUGCUGCCUCUCGCCUUUCCUAUUCCACGCAGGCGCUCCCCGUCAAUGUACUGCUAGAUACCCUGGUCCGACCCAGUGUGGAUGUGGAGGAACUCAGCUGUACAACAAAUAUCGAAUGGCGACGCUUACCAGAGAAAUCCGUCUCACACCUGGUUUUCGGACAUGCGUCACAACCCGGGGGCCAAUGGGUCGAAAACCCCAUGCCUGGGAGCUGGGAGAUUCAGACCCUGAGCUACGCAUCGAUGCUAUCUCUCCCCGGCUAUUCCUUUGCAGAGCACUAUCGCAGGGUCACCGGAAACGAUCUUCCGGCGUUCACCCGACCAAGUCGACAGGAGACAGCCGACUACUUCCGCGCUUAUCCGGAGGCAGUACAAAUCAACGAUACCAUGCGUUGCCACGAGACCUUGAAUGGGAUCUCAAGAACCGCCAAUGGAUUCUAUAUUCGCUCCCACAACAUCCACUGUAAACGUCUCGUCCUCGCCAGCGGAAUCUUUUCAGAGGUGCUGCAGCCCCGUCCGCUGUUACAACCCCUAGCCGCCCUGCAGCCUGUUCCUGAGCUCCCGCUCCUGGUGAUCGGAUCUGGGUUCUCAGCUGCGGAUGUCAUUAUCUCGGCCCCGAAGGACCAGAAAAUCGUCCAUGUAUAUAAAUGGGCCCCGGAAAACCGACCAUCUCCGCUGCGCGGGUGUCACCAACAGGCAUAUCCAGAGUACUCCGGUGUGUACCGUCUGAUGAGGCGAGCUGCUGUCGCUGCGGAGCCGUCUUCUACUAAGAAACCCAGAUACCGGCGAUUGACAUCCACACCCUUCCUCACAAGCCGGACUUGGGAUGAUGUUUAUGAGGGAUUGCCUAAUACAGAGAUCAUCGGGGUAGAUACGAACAAAGACGAUGCGACGGUGACCUUUCGCGCGAACGACGGCAGCGUAUUCACCAGGAAGGUUCGGGGUAUGGUGUACGCCACAGGCCGACGGGGUACUCUGAAAUAUCUCGACAACGACCUCCUUGCAGAACUACUCGGACAACCGAAAGGGCCAGAAAUAAACCCCACCAUCUCCGGCCAGACCCUACGAAGCAAAGCUCUAGAUGACAUGGAGAUUGCGAAAGAUCUAUUCAUCAUUGGCAGUCUGACCGGGGACUCGCUCAUACGCUUCUCCUACGGGAGCUGUGUUCAAACGGCAGGGAAAUUAAUCGGGGUAUCUUCUAGUAACGGAAGGCCCAAAGAUGAAGCAGUGCUCAGAUCUAAACCUCAGAGCGCCGCCUUACAAGCAAUGCACGGCAUGGAUGGCCAUGCUGUUUACCCAAACCACAACCAGUAUCACAUUGAUAGUGGGGACAACCAUGGACUACUCCAUUCUCUGUUUGACAAACUCGGCUUGGGUGGAGUUUGGACAACAUUGGCUAGGGUUUGGUAUGCGUGA